AUGGCGCUUUCAGGCAUGAGAGGUCUCUCCGUCUUCAUCAGUGACGUUCGUAAUUGUCAGAACAAGGAGCAGGAGCGGCUCCGUGUUGACAAGGAGCUCGGGAACGUCCGUACUCGGUUCAAACACGAGAAGGGCUUGAGUCCAUAUGAGAAGAAGAAAUAUGUUUGGAAAAUGCUCUAUAUCUACAUGCUUGGCUAUGAUGUCGACUUCGGUCAUAUGGAAGCUGUUUCCUUAAUAUCUGCGCCAAAAUACCCAGAAAAACAGGUUGGAUACAUUGCGACAGCGUGUUUGCUCAAUGAGAACCAUGAUUUUCUCAGAUUAGCCAUAAAUACCGUGCGGAACGACAUAAUUGGUCGGAAUGAAACUUUUCAGUGCCUCGCAUUGACCCUGGUUGGAAAUAUUGGUGGCAGAGAAUUUGCUGAAUCAUUGGCGGCUGAUGUUCAGAGAUUACUGAUUUCAAGUAGCUGCAGACCUCUUGUAAGAAAAAAGGCUGCCUUAUGUCUGCUACGGCUCUAUAGGAAAAAUCCUGAUGUUGUGAAUGUGGAUGGCUGGGCUGAUCGGAUGGCACAACUCCUUGAUGAACGUGAUCUUGGUGUUCUUACAUCUUCAAUGAGUCUACUUGUUGCUUUAGUGUCAAAUAACCAUGAAGCAUACUGGAGUUGUCUGCCAAAAUGUGUGAAGACUUUGGAACGACUUGCUAGGAACCAGGAUAUACCCCAAGAAUACACUUACUAUGGUAUCCCAUCUCCUUGGCUUCAGGUCAAAACAAUGAGGGCUCUUCAGUAUUUUCCGACGGUAGAAGAUCCUAACACAAGAAGAUCGUUGUUCGAGGUCUUGCAACGAAUCUUAAUGGGGACUGAUGUUGUGAAAAAUGUAAAUAAGAACAAUGCAUCCCAUGCCGUUCUUUUUGAGGCUCUUGCACUUGUCAUGCAUCUUGAUGCUGAAAAAGAGAUGAUGUCCCAAUGUGUGGCCCUCCUCGGAAAAUUUAUUGCUGUCCGGGAACCAAAUAUUCGAUAUCUUGGCUUGGAAAAUAUGACUCGAAUGUUGAUGGUAACAGAUGUGCAAGAUAUCAUUAAAAAACACCAGGCUCAGAUUAUCACUUCAUUGAAAGAUCCGGAUAUCAGCAUUCGUCGACGUGCUCUUGAUUUGCUCUAUGGCAUGUGUGAUGUGUCAAAUGCAAAGGAUAUAGUUGAAGAGUUACUACAGUACCUCAGCGCGGCAGAUUUUGCUAUGCGUGAGGAAUUGUCUCUAAAAGCUGCUAUCCUCGCAGAGAAGUUUGCCCCUGAUCUAUCCUGGUAUGUGGAUGUAAUACUUCAGUUGAUCGAUAAGGCAGGAGACUUUGUUAGUGAUGACAUAUGGUUUCGGGUAGUACAAUUUGUUACUAACAAUGAAGACCUGCAGCCUUAUGCAGCAGCUAAAGCGAGAGAGUAUCUUGACAAACCUGCCAUACAUGAGACGAUGGUCAAGCUCAGUGCUUAUAUCCUAGGAGAGUAUGGGCACCUUCUGGCUAGACGGCCUGGAUGUAGUCCAAAGGAAUUAUUUACCAUUAUACAUGAGAAGCAUCCUACUGUCUCAACCUCCACUGUUCCAAUUCUACUCUCAACUUAUGCGAAGAUACUAAUGCACACUCAACCACCAGAACCAGAACUACAAAACCAGAUCUGGAGUAUAUUCAACAAAUACGAAAGUUGCAUUGAUGUUGAGAUUCAACAAAGAGCAGCCGAGUAUUUUGCCUUAAGCAGAAAAGGUGCAUCUCUAAUGGACAUAUUGGCUGAGAUGCCUAAAUUUCCUGAACGCCAGUCUGCACUGAUAAGAAAAGCUGAAGAUGCUGAGGUUGAUACCGCGGAACAAAGUGCUAUCAAGGUGAGGGCACAGCAACAAAUGUCGACUGCCUUGGUUGUAACUGACCAACGCCCUCCCAAUGGGACGCCACCCCCACCCACUGUAGGGCCACUGAGUCUAGUCAAGGUGCCCAGCGAGACAGUUGAUUCGGAUCAGAAUCCUGGAGACCAAGGAUUGACCCAGCCAAACGGAGUUGUAUAUCAAGAAGAUCCUCAGCAACCUUCACAGGAUAUUAUUGGUGACCUUUUGGGUACAUUGAGUAUUGAAGGUCCUCCUGGAGCUGUUGCUCCAUUGGCGCAGAGUGCAACCUCUGAAGCCGAAUCUGUUCCAAGUGCUGCUGAUGCUGCAGCUCUUGUACCUGUUGGAGAAGAGUCGGGUUCCGUGCAGCCGAUAGGAAAUAUCAACGAAAGGUUCUAUGCCUUGUGUUUGAAGGAUAGUGGUGUUCUGUAUGAGGAUCCCAACAUCCAGAUAGGCAUUAAAGCAGAGUGGAGAGCACAUGAAGGGCGUCUUGUGCUUUUCCUAGGGAACAAAAAUACUGCUUCUCUUGGAUCCGUUCAGGCCCUCAUAUUACCUCCUACUCAUCUGAAGAUGGAGCUCUCAUUAGUACCAGAUACUAUUCCUCCUCGAGCGCAGGUUCAAUGCCCUCUUGAAAUCAUGAAUCUCCGGCCAAGUCGGGAUGUCGCUGUUCUUGACUUCUCCUACAAGUUUGGUCCCACCAUGGUAAAUGUCAAGCUUCGCCUACCGGCUGUUCUCAACAAAUUUCUUCAACCUAUAACUGUGUCCCCUGAAGAAUUUUUCCCUCAAUGGAGAUCUCUAUCAGGGCCUCCUUUAAAGCUUCAAGAAGUUGUUAGAGGUGUAAGACCAUUACCUCUACCCGAGAUGGCAAAUCUCUUCAACACUUUCCGGUUGACAGUUUGUCCCGGACUUGAUCCUAAUCCGAACAACUUGGUUGCAAGCACGACUUUUUACUCUGAAACCACACGAGCCAUGCUUUGCUUGGUGAGAAUUGAAACAGAUCCAGCAGAUAGAACACAGUUGCGAAUGACUGUCGCCUCUGGUGACCCGACACUUACGUUUGAGUUGAAGGAGUUCAUCAAGGAGCAAUUAGUUAGCAUCCCCACAGCACCACAACGUCCACAGGGACCGACAGCACCUCCUCCUCAAGUAGCACAGAUCGCGGGCCCCCCUCCAGCAGCUUCGCAAGAUCCAGGGGCAUUGUUGGCCGGUUUGCUGUGA